AUGACUUCAAGCCUACCGAAGGAUACUUAUUCCGACUCUGCGUAUGAAAAGGCUCAUCAAGACACAUUCGCACCGCCUAAAUCGCGAGCCAUCAAGCCUGUUUUGCCGUCUGGAGUCUCACAAGUAGACUUCGAUAAGGCCUUGGAAGACUUCACAUCGGCAGUUGGGAAGGGCAAUGUCUUCGUAAAGCAGGCUUUAGCUCAUUACAUUGAUCCUUACGAGCUCCACGAGGAUGAGUCAAAGGGAAAGGUCCCUAGCGCUGCCAUAUGCCCUGCUUCGGUAGAUGAAUUGAGUCGCGUCCUUCAAAUCGCAAACACGUACGGGAUACCCCUAUGGACAUUCUCCAGGGGCAAGAACCUGGGAUAUGGAGGUCCUGCUCCGCGUCUCAACGGAUCCGUGGCUUUAGACCUGCAUCGAAUGAACCGGAUUCUCGAGGUCAAUGAUGAGCACGCAUACGCCGUUGUCGAGCCCGGGGUCACCUUCAGCGAUCUAUACGAGUAUUGCGUCAAACACAAGAAGAAGGUCUGGCCGAGCACCCCAUCACUCGGAUGGGGGAGCGUCGUUGGAAAUUCUCUCGAUCGCGGAACCGGCUUCGGUUCCCUCUCGAACCAACAUCAGUGUAUCUCAGGACUCGAAGUCAUGCUCGCAGACGGAGAGCUAGUUCGUACUGGACAAUUCGGAAUAACCAACUCACCCUCGGCUUUCAUCUCCAAGUUCACCUUCGGGCCUUCUAUCGAGGGGCUGUUUCUACAAAGCAACCUUGGAAUCGUCACCAAACUUGGCAUGUGGAUGAUGCCUCAGCCUCCCGCCUACAUGGCGUGCUCCUUCAGCAUGCCCGAAAACGAGGAUGUCGAAGUGAUGGUUGACGUUUUUGGUGAGAUGCGACGUAACGGCAUGAUCCCAAACGUUGUCUGGAUGGUAAACCUGAUUGAAAGCCUUUGUGUCCGUGGCAGACGACGAGAUCUGUGGAAGGGCGAAGGACCCAUUCCGGAGUGGCGACUCAAGGAGCUACAGAAGGAGCUCGGCACCGGAUUCUGGACCGCCAGAUGGGGUCUUUAUGGCCCCGCCAAAACGCUCGAAACCCAGCUAGCAGACAUCCGAGAGCACCUUCGCAAGAGAGCACCUACUGGUACCCUCUGUGGGACAUUGUAUUCUGGAGAGAAUGGGAAUCUCCUUGAAGCAAAGAGUGUUCCUACUGAGCAUGGACUCAUGUGGGUUGGAGUUCCCUCGCUAUUCAGCUUGCCUCUCAUGGACUGGGCUAUCGUCAACGACGCUACUGGCAAACCUGCCCAUGGUGACUAUGCCCCUAUCAUCCCAUCAUCCGGGAAGAAGGUUCUUGAUUGGGUUCAGCAGUGCAAGCCUCUCUAUCAACAGGCUGGCGUUGAUUUUAUGGCUGAUUUCUUCAUGCACGAGAGGCAUGUUAUUUUCACAAGCAUGUACGCAUUUGAUCAGCAGGAUGCAGAACAACGGAAAGGCAUUGAGAGCCUUCAUUAUGGGAUGCAUGACAUAGCGACUGCCAAAGGAUACGGGAUGUAUCGCGCUCACGUUCACCACAUGGAUAUGAUUGCGGAACUGAAUGAUUUCAACAACGGAGCCUACAGGCGAUUUGUGGAAAAGCUGAAGGCCAGCGCCAUUCAAAAUCCAGCUUGGUUCCUGCAAUAUUAUGAGGUCAAGCCAUUGAUAGACAUGGAGAUGGGCUUGACGAGGGUUGCCAAUGAGAAGGCCUCGAACUUUGACAUAAAUCAUGCGGUCUCGUGGCAUGCUUCUUGCAUGUCAAUGAGGACUGGCCCAUUUCUAUUUGAAGCUGCUGCAGGUCGAUUUGGUCCCGAAGCGAUAUCCCAGGCCCUGCGAGAAAUCACCGACUGGGCUAUCACGGCAGGUGCACGAAGAAGUUGCAUACACGCGGCACAGAUAUUCAAGCUGUUGUUCCACCGCAAGGUCUCCGAUAUGAUCAGCUUCCAAAGCAUAGUAUCACUCUUUCAUGCCGGACUGGUCCUCGGACUUUACAUCUUCGCGAUGCCAGACGUUGAGGGUCAGGACGACAUAGACCUUUUUGAUGACGUGGACUGGGUGGCUCUGGGCACUACCGGUCUCACCGACUCGUCAGAGCUGAGGACGAGUACUGUUCACACACUCCCAGCGGCUCGCAUCAUUCGCGAUGGUGGAAAUUUCACAAUAUCUGGCCUACCACUGAGAAACGGCCAUUCGCAGGCACGUAAAUGCUGGUUGCAGUUUGCGUCUCUCAUGCUCGGCUUGGGACGGUGGAAAUCGAGGAUAUUCUCGAGAAUUUUGCAUGUUAUGUGCGACAACCUAUCCGAUGUGGACUUAGGAGACUCGUUAGACGAGGAAUAA